CAAUGGCCAUUGAUAAUUCCGUUCAACUAGUAUUCUUAUCGCACGAAACACAAAAUUAUAAAUAUUAAACAAAAGCUGUCUAUAAUCUGAAGGAUUACGCGUAUAGAGAGGGGACACUCACUAAAUCUGCUUUUGUCUCCACUAAUGUCUUGUACGCACUUACGUAACGGAAAUCUACUAUAUUAGCAGAUUUCUCCGAUUAAAGGUUAUGUUGUGGGUUAUGGUUGAAAGGCAGUUAGCGUGUUAAAUGUUUUUUAAGAAAUUUUCACACUAAAGAAGUACACGAAUUAUGGACGGAGAUAAGAACACUCUUCUUGCUGUAUUGCAGUUGUUGCGGAAAUAUAAUUUAAAGAGCACAGAGGACUUGUUUAGGAAAGAAGCAAAUUUAACAGAUAUAACUGCAGAUGACAAUCAGCAAACAGAAUCAGAAGUAAAUAGUGUACUAUCUGCGUACAAGAGUGAAGGGGAUCCAGCACUUUAUGAGAAAGCUUAUAGUGAAUUAAAGAAAUUUGUUGAGGGUUCUUUGGAUAUUUAUAAGCAUGAACUUGGUACAAUAUUAUAUCCUGUAUUGGUACAUAUGUAUCUGGAACUUGUAUAUAACAAUCAUUCCGUGGAAGCAAAGCAACUUAUGGAGAAGUUUUGUGGUAACUUGGAAGAGUAUUACCAAGAAGAUUUGAAAAAACUGUCUAAUGUAACAAAACGAGAGCAAAUGGCAGGAAAUGAAUUGACAGACACAUUUAAAUCCAAUCAGUUUAUAAUCAGAAUGUCGCGGGAUACUCUUUCUAUACUGAAGAGACACUUACAAGAAAAGAAACACAGUGUACUUUUAAAUAUCAUACAAGAACAUCUUUACUUUGAUAUGUAUGAAGGUGUUGCACGUAACAAGCAACAAAUUGAAGCCACAUCAGGUGCUAUUGUUGGAGAAGCUACAAGACAAGAUAAUAAGGCAAAGGUUUACUAUGGUCUUUUGAAGGAGCCAGACAUACAAUGUAUACCACCAGCAGAAGAAGAAGAGGACGAUACCGCUGGGACUGAAGGUGACAAACCAAAGAAAAAGAAAGCAAAGAAAGAUCCACUUUUUUCAAAGAAAACAAAAUCAGAUCCAAAUGCACCACCAGUAGGAAGAAUGCCUUUGCCAAAUCUUAAAGAUGCUGAUAAAUUAGAGAAAUUGAAGGCAUUGAGAGAAGCAUCGAAAAGAGUUGUCCUGGGACCAGAUAGUUUGCCUUCUAUAUGUUUUUAUACCUUGUUGAACGCUGUCCACGGUGUAACAGCAGCGGAAAUCGCAGAAGAUUCUAGUUUGUUAGCUGUUGGAUUCAGCGAUUCAGCAAUUAAAGUCUGGAGUUUAGUUCCUCAAAAGUUAAGGCUCAUGAAGACGGGUGAUCAACUGCAAGAUAUCAAUAAAGAAGCAGAAGACGUGUUAGUACGAAUGAUGGAUGACAGGACUGCAGAAACAGUAAGAUCAUUGUAUGGCCAUAGUGGACCCAUAUACAGCUUAUCUUUUAGUCCAGAUAGAAAUCUUUUACUCUCAUCUUCAGAAGAUGCAACAGUGAGAUUGUGGUCGCUUCAUACGUGGACUUGUGUUGUUUGCUACAAGGGUCAUUUAUAUCCUGUAUGGUCAGUACGAUUUUCACCCCAUGGAUAUUACUUUGCUACUGCAUCCCAUGACAAAACUGCAAGACUUUGGGCUACGGAUUCACAUCAACCAUUACGUAUAUUUGCUGGUCACUAUUCGGACGUCGAUGUAGUACAGUUUCAUCCAAACUCAAACUACGUAGCAACUGGUUCAAGUGACAUGACUGUCAGAUUAUGGGACUGUGUGACAGGUAGCCAAGUACGGCUUAUGACUGGACACAAAGGUCCAAUUUAUUCAUUGGCAUUCUCAGCUGAAGGAAGAUUCCUAGCAUCAGCAGGGGCUGAUCAUCGAAUCCUUGUCUGGGAUUUAGCACAUGGGCAUCUUGUAGCAGCAUUAUCAAGUCAUAGUGCUAAUGUGCAUUGUUUAUCAUUUAGCAGAGAUGGUAACAUUUUAGUAUCAGGAUCCCUUGACUGUACUCUUAAACUGUGGGACUUUACGAAACUUGCGGAAGAAAUGACACUAGAAGAUGUAAACGUAUCUCAUAAUCCUGAUGUGAAAACAUGUGUAGAAACAUACUUGCUCCGUACCUUUGCUACAAAGAAUUCACCAGUUCUGACCCUUCAUUUUUCGCGAAGAAACCUUCUUCUAGGAGUAGGAAUGUUCGAGGCUUCAUAAAUCAUUUGAAUCAAUUUACAUCAUUAUACUAUAAAUAUGUUACAUUAUUAAUAUAAGUUUUUCAACAGUCUGUUGAUAUUUUCCGAGAUGUACAAUAAUAAUUAUGAAAAAUACAUUUUUUCAAAAAAA